GCCGUCUACUAUGCGAAUCGAUGUCAUCUCCGCCGGCGAUCUCCGAUUUAUUGGCCGUGUUAGCUUCCCGGAUCCAACAUAUCAGCCCGGAAAAUCACGAUGAAGACGAUAUGGAAGCAUCGUCGUCUCUGGAGCUCUCGAUUUCUGAGCUGAACAUCGCUCUGAGCCUUAGCGACGAUUCUAGGGUUAUGGUUUUGGAUGCGGCACUGUCUCUAAUGUGCUUCAAGGCGCCUCAGGUUUUUGAUUCAACGAUUGAGUAUCUGGUGAAGUCAGUUGUUAGUGCUUUAUCAUCUUCAGUCGCUUGUAAGGUACUUCGGCAUCAGAAUGAGGAAACUUUACAGAUUGGAAGCUCGAUAUUAUCUCGUAGCUCGGAGGAAUUUGUCCUACUGUUUAAGGAUAUUAUUGAUAAAUUGAGGGGAAAUGGAAGACUGAGUCCAAUGUUGUUCCAAGCCCUUGUAAGGUCAGCAGCUUCAACAUCUUCCUACCAACAUUUGCUUCCGUUCAGACUUAUCGCACAUCCAAAAUUAGAGGAGGGAAGAAAUAAAGCUGUCUUGAAACUCGGUCACUUGCCAGGACAAUCUUCUAUAGAGAGCCAUGAUAUUUCACUGAGGAGCCUAUUCUGGUAUCUGGAUCCAUUGUGUUUGAAGGAGGAUGUUUCGCGAAUUCUGCAAGAUGUGAUGGAGAGGCCUUUCCUUUGUCUGAAUAAGGAGCUCUUCGAAAAGGCAGAUUGGCAUGACGUGGUCACGUGCCUAGUGCUUUCUCCUUCAAUGUUUAUCAAAACCAGAUCCCUCUUACACAAGUGGUUCCUGCUUACGGGACUUGCUUGUAUUGUUGAUUUCCUUGCCAGUUUGGUCACUGCAAUUAUGGACACAAUUUCAAGACCUUCACGGUGGGGUAUACCAGAGGAACUGGGUUCCAAGUUGCCUUUCUCUGAUGCAUAUUUCCUUUGCAGGCACCAGCUUCUGAGAAUUUUGACCGGCCCUUUGACUUCCGAAGCUCUUGUCAGCUUAGCUUGUGUUGUCAGUGAACCAGUUGAUAUUGCUAGGCAACCACAGUCUGAAUCCAAUAGCAAGACAACCCCGGUAAAUAUGCAGUCAAUAGAUGACAGAUCUCAAUGGGCUUUGGCUAUUAACUUCCCAGACUGGUUUUAUUUUGCUUCCGCCAUACUCUUCUCCGAAGAAGGUUACCAUGGGAAAUACACUUCAGGGACGGCUUACAGUAGACAAGCAUGUUCUGUUGAAGGUAUUUACUCUGCUGCAGCAAGAUACAUUGCUUGGGUUCUGAAUCCUACAAGUGAAAUCAAUCAAGAUUCACUGACCAACUCUUUGAUAAGAGUUGGUCAGUUGUGGACCAGCAAAAAAUACAGCUCCAAGGCACAUCUUAGGGUUACUACUUUUGGAAAGAGGAAGAAAUCAGGAAAGAAUGUUCUUAACAAAGCCGAAGAUCCCAGCGUUCUGGAACUCUUUCUUGAAGAAUUUCACAACAGAAUCUUCCAUUCAGUUUUUGAAUGUUCAAAAGCAAGCGCUUCUGUUAGCCCUGGCCUUCAGAACAGAUUGUUAACUAGAAGAGUCGUGAUUGGGAUAUUGGUUGGCUCUUCAUAUUCUGUAACAGAUGAUGGUUGUGAACUGCUCCUGCAUUAUGUUGCAACUGGGAAAAUUCUUGCCUUGAAUAAAAUUCAGAGUACCGGAUACAAACAAACAAAAGGGAGCUCUAAAACUUCAGCGAAGUUGUCAGAUGAGUUUACAAAGCUGGAGGCCCUUGAAGGCGCCCGUCUUGUUUUCAACUUAACCGACACCAUGGAGAGUAUGUCUGCAUCAAUUUCUGAAACUGAAGAAAAGGCACUGGAGUUUAUUGACCAGGUUAGACAAAGAUCCAGUAAGUACUUGGUCAAAUGCAUCGACCGGCUGAUUCAACUUCACAGUAAAGAAGAAGGAAACUCAGUGCUAAAUGACUUAAACAUUAGACUGAUACACUGGAGAAGCCUAGGGCGAGAAGAACCACAGGUCAACAAAGAUUUGGAAAAUGUUACUGCGAAAUUGACUUGCAAAUUGUCUUCACAUAAUCACAGUGACUAAGGCUGUAAAUGCCACCUUCAGCCUGACUCGUACCAUUUCUGUUUCAUUUUGGGCAAAGCGGUAACCAAGAAAAGGAUUCAAAUUGAGGAGCUAUUUGAGCAGAUCACAACGAAGAUACAGAAGACAGUAAAUAGGAAAGUGUUAUUCAGAAGCAGGUAACUGAAAUCCAUUGCCUUCUAUAUAUUUAUUUUGUAAAAUGUUCUGUGUAUUGGUAUAUUGAGAUAUUUAUAAGUUUAGAAUAUUUAGAUAUAUUUAUAUUAUGGCAUAUUAACAUAUUUGUAUCGUUUCUCAUUCUAUAUACAUGCAUUCCUUUGUAACACAAAUUUCAUAUUAAUAAAAGUAAUCUUUAUUCUCUUAUACUGUGUACAUUUGCAGUGCAUUAUUAGACAGAAUACAAAUGCUAUUCAUUCAUAUUAGCCAAUCAUCUCCGGUAUUUGUAAGUUGUCUUCUUGUACCAACUGCACAAAUUCACAAUUUCCAGCUUUUGCCCCAUCUUAAAAGCAGAGCCAGAAACAAGGAAACAGCUUCUGUCAUGGAAAA